GUCAUGCAGUUGAUAGAAACACCGAAUCUCAUAGUUAUCAAAGUCGCUCUAAAGAUACUGUGUGUUUUCCUAAUUCUGCAUUCUGGAAAGAGUUUUGCGACUGCAUCGUCUGCUGAUUUUGGGAGUGCGAAUGAUUUCGGGUCACACCCGGAUGUUUGCUUACCGACUGAUAAAGUUGGACAGCCUGACGGAAUUUUGCCAUCGCAUUGUAACGGACUUCCUAUGUCAGUUCUUAGAGGUGCAGCAAGAGCAGUUAUGAAGGCAAUCCGUGUGACAGAGUUUGGGGGGCCAGAGGUGUUGAAGAUUGAAGCUAAGGUUCCCAUCCCUAAUCCCGAAGAUCAUCAGAUUUUGGUAAGAGUCCACGCCUCAGGUAUCAAUCCCGUUGACACUUACAUCCGUUCUGGAACCCACAACAUCCGCCCCGCUCUGCCCUUCACCCCGGGCAUGGAUUCUGCUGGGGUUGUGGAGAAGGUCGGGAAAGCUGUCACACAUUUCAAGCCAGGUGACCGUGUAUACAGCGUGAGGACAGUGACGGGUGCGUACGCUGAGUACGCUGUGGUGGAAGAGCCCUAUGUGGCUCACCUCCACAAGUCUCUGAGCUUUGAGCAGGGGGCGGGGAUCGGGGUACCGUAUUACACUGCCUACAGGUCCCUCAUUCUCAGGGCCAACGGCAAGCCCGGGGAAACAGUUUUGAUUCAUGGAGCUAGUGGAGGGGUUGGCAUAGCUGCCUGUCAGAUCGCCCGGGCUCUGGGCUUCACCGUUCUUGGCACUGCAGGGACAACAGAAGGUAUAGAGCUUGUCCUCAAGAAUGGAGCACACAAGGCUUUUAACCACAGGGAGAAGGGCUACCUGUCAAAGAUAACGGAUGCGACCAAUGGUCAAGGUCCAGACAUUAUCCUGGAGAUGUUAGCAAAUGUAAACCUGGAGAAUGACCUCAACCUGAUAAAGACCAGGGGCAGGAUCGUGAACAUUGGCAGCCGUGGCACCAUCCAGAUUUCUCCUCGUUUCACCAUGGGGAAGGAAUGCGUUGUCACUGGGGUCAUGUUGAUGACCUCCUCUCCGACUGACUGGGCUCAGAUGCACGGAGCCCUAAGAGCAGGAAUGGAGCAGGGGUGGCUGAAACCAUACAUCGGGACCUCCUAUCCACUGGAGCAGGCCAGUCAGUCACACACGGAGAUCAUGAAAGACAGCGGUCACAAGGGAAAAAUUAUUUUAAAAUCAUGAGUCAUGACAUAGCCUGGUCAUGAGGAUGUCAUACUGCAUUAGUGCUUCAUGGAAGGUUUACAUCAUGACCGUGUUUGAUUAAAUGAUUACGGUAAAAGAUCUAAAAUUUCCUAUAAAAACAAGGGCAUAUUACUUGGGGAUCGAGCUGAAGUUGACAUUUUCCCAGUAGGACAUCAGUCUACCUGCCGAUCAAGCAACAAAACAAUUGUCCCAUAACAUCAGUAGACCUCUCAUUAUCAGGCAAAGUGUGCACCUUUAUGGUCAUGGGUGAAAUUCUGGUCAUUUACUUUACAGUAUGUGACCUAAAAUUUCAAAUUCUGAAGGUAGCAAAGCUCAUUUGGUCAGAUUUGGCCAGAUAUUUAUCUUUCAGAAAGAUGUUUAUUAUUCUUUGAAAGGUACGGGCAUGAAGUGAUUUGCUACUGGGAAAAUUCAGUGUUUUCAAGACUUUGAUUUGCCUUUAAAUUUUUUUUUCUUUUCAUUUUUAUGUGAAUUUUAGGACAAAUGCAUUAAGUUGUUUUGUAUGACUACACAUUGUGCAUGUACAUUUUGUUUUCAUCAGUAAACUGGAAAGCUACAGGUAGCUCCCCUGACAUGGAGGUAGAAAAGGUCAUUUGUUUUUAUCCGGGGAUUUGUCACCAGAUUUGAUAUAUUCGAAGACAUACGUAGGGCUUCAUAUAUAUACUGUGAUAACUUCGAUAAGAUGGAAACGAUCAUUAUUUUUAGCAUAACCAUUUGAAUCAUAACUCUUCAAUUGUCCUUAUUCAGCAAGUUUUCAAUCAUUCAAGGAAUCAUGUGCUUUGAAUGAGUUGAUUUUGCCCGCUGUUGUCUGGUGGAAGCGAGCUUGAUUUUGGUCGUACUUUUUACUGUCCAUAUAUACUGUUCUUGAAGGUAGCAGGUCUCGCUGAUAUACAGCGGUUCUCCGCACAUGCAAGCUGUUUUGAUAAUAAUAAAGAUUUAUAAAUCAUUAUAUAGGAUUUAUUAGA